AUGAUGACUCUGCCAAGAUUGCCUAUACUGGAGGCCGUUUCAAGGCACGACGCAUCCACAACCGCUGUGGUACAUGCAAAGUCAGGACGAAGCUUCACGUACGGAGAGCUCUUGGGUGACGUUGGCAAGGCGAGGGACAGACUCAAAGAGGCCUGGGGCGGCAAAGAUGGGAAUGGCGAGAGAGUGGCGUUUCUUGUCGAAAACAGCUAUGACUACGUUGUGACCUUGCUCGCCUGCUUGGCCGCGCGAUCCAUCGCUGUACCGCUAUCACCUGCCUUUCCCGCGCCAGAGCUGCAAUACAUCCUCAACCAAAGCGAAGCAUCCCUUCUUCUCUCCUCGGCCAAAUUCGCAACGAAAGCGGAGCAAGUCCUCGAGACAGAAUUGCUCUCAAAGCCAACGCAUGUCGCGCUACCGAAACAUCAAGGCGGAGGGCCCGACACUGGGGCGAUAACGUGGGAUGAGUCUGGUCCUGGCGAGGCAGGUCUCAUGCUCUACACAUCUGGCACGACAAAUCGACCAAAGGGGGUCCUUUUACCGCAAGCCACGCUCACGGCGCAAUGCCAGUCGCUGCUGCGCGCUUGGUCAUACACGCCUAGCGAUCACCUGCUGCACGUCCUGCCGCUCCAUCACAUCCACGGCACCGUCAAUGCGCUCCUCACCCCCUUGCUUGCCGGGUCAACCAUAGAAUUCCUCUUCCCAUUCAACGCGGACGCAGUAUGGAACCGUCUGGCUGCCCCAUUCCUACCUACGAACGGGCACCCUACCCAAAGGGAAAGGAUCACCUUCUUCACCGUCGUACCCACAGUGUACUCGCGCCUCAUUGCGACUUACAAGCUCAUGAGCCCAGAGAUGCAGCAAGCAGCCAGCGCGGCCGUCAGCCCCGACAACAUGCGCCUCAGUAUAUCCGGCUCGGCCGCUCUGCCCACACCCAUCAAGUCGGCGUGGCGCACACUGAGCAAGGGCAAUGUUCUCUUGGAACGAUACGGUAUGACAGAAGUCGGCAUGGCGCUGUCUUGUGGCCUUGAUCCCGCAGACCGCGUCGAUGCUAGUGUUGGCUGGCCCUUGCCCUCUGUGCAAGCGCGGCUCGUCGACGUUGACACCAACGAGAUCAUCCACGAAGGCGCGGAGGUUGAUGCCGAAACCGGCAAGGAGCGCUCAGGAGAGAUCCAGCUUCGUGGGCCUACAAUCUUCCAGGAGUACUGGCGGAAUCCCGCAGCUACGGCUUCCGAGUUUGUGGAGGGGGAAGAUGGUCAAGGAAAAUGGUUCAAGACGGGUGACGUGGCCGUGCGGCGUCCCGUGCCCAGCGCGGCGCAGAGCCAGGACUGGACAAAGGGGCCUUUAUACUUUAUCCAGGGGAGGAAAUCCGCAGAUAUCAUCAAGACAGGCGGAGAAAAGGUCAGCGCGCUCGAGGUGGAACGCGAGUUGCUAUCCUUGGAUGAGGUCGCUGAAGUCGCUGUCGUCUCGGUGCCGAGCGGCAAAUGGGGCCAGAAGGUCGGCUGUGUCAUCGUGCUGGACAAGGAUUUCGCGCAGCAGUGGAAGCCGAUGGACAUGCGAAGAGCAUUGCGCGACCGCCUGGCGAACUACAAGAUCCCUCAGGUCAUGAAGAUAGUGGAUGAGAUCCCCAGGAACGCCAUGGGCAAGAUCAACAAGAAGCUACUGGUGCAGGUCACCUUCAAGGACGAGCACAGUGGAGACGAGAUGUAA